CGCCGAGGACAGACGCAAGAUUCAUCCACAUCACCAAACCCAAAACUCAACAGAACGCCGGCAAAAUGAUUCCCAUACAGAGUCCACGGAAAAGCCCUCGAAAUAACCAACAGCAGAGCCCAGGGAAGGGGGACAAGAGGGCAAAGCCACCGCCACCCUCUUUCUUUGGACCUAAAGUCGCUGCUCCCUCAAGCGCCAUCCCAUCGUCGUCUCCCGCUUUCGCAACGCCGGCGCACCCGUUGAGGCCAUUCCAACCACCCGCACCUGCAAAAGCAGCUGUUCUUCCCAUAAUCCUCCCCCCUGCCACGUUACGGCCGUUGGCGUUUCGAACCUUUACCAAGAAACAUAGUUUGACGCUGACAUCCUCGGCACUGCAAGAACUCGCAACCUUUAUUGGCAGACACUGUGGCUCAGGAUGGAGGGAGGAGGGCCUAGCGGAGAAGGUUUUGGAGGAGGUUGCUCGGACAUGGAAGAAUCGCAAUGGGGGGGUCAUCGUGGACGGAACGAGUCCGGAGCUGAAGGACAUCUUGAAGACGCUAGAGGGGAACAUGAGCGGCGGCAAAAUAAUGAGUGGGCCGAGAGGUUUGAGCCGGCAGAACAGUCUAAUGCUGGAACCGACAGAAGAUCCAAACCAUUCCAAGACCCGACUGGGCUUGAGGCCGACAACGACGCUCACACGAGAUGAUAGCCAGACCAGUUUCGGCAUGUCGAGCGUCGAGAUCGACGAGGAGCCAGAUGAAGAGGAGCUGCAGGACGUUAGAAGGUGGAUGAAGGUUAUCAAUGCCUUCGAACAGCCCCGGUACACGUAUAAUGUCGCAAAGAAGCAGUUCGAGAAGAUCGCCUCUAAACCCUCCCUCCUGCCGCCAGCCUCGCACAAGACCGAGGCGUUCCGCAACAGGUACAACGCGAUCCACCAACGUCUGCUCCGCAACGAAGCUUUCCAAACGUCGGCCGUAACGAGCGCCCGACUCACGGCGCUGCGUCGGAGCGGAUCGACAAUGCAGUCGCACAAGAUAACCCCUGUGGCAAACCUUCUAGGUCGGCACGGCACCAAUCACAUGCUGCUCGGGAUGCUGGUCAUCCUACCCACGGGCAACUUGGCGAUUAGUGACCUGACAGGGACUAUCGGGCUUGACUUGUCUCACGCCGUGGCCAUACCAGAGGACUCGGCCUGGUUCACGCCAGGCAUGAUCGUCCUGAUCGAUGGGGUUUACGAGGAAGACGAAGAGACGACAGGCAAGGGGUUAAGUGGUAGCAGCGGCGUGGGAGGAACUAUUGGCGGCCGCUUUCAGGGCUUCUUUAUCGGACAACCACCCUGUGAGAAACGGCGAGCGACACUGGGAGUGAGCGGCUUGGACGGCGGAGUAGACCAUACAAUCGGGGGCGGGUUUGGCUGGAUCGACUUUCUGGGCGUCGGCAGCGCCCGAGCGGUCGGUCCUCGGAUGCGAAAGGUGGAGCAGAGACUGGUGCGGCAACCGGCGUUGGCUGAUCCAGAUAGUCCUGGGCGCGGCCGCGUGGUCAUCGUGGGCGAACUGAAUCUCGACCAGCCGCGCAGCCUGCAGGCUCUCAAGAAGAUCCUCUCCCUUUAUGCCACCGACCCCGAGGGGUCGACACCGAUGGCGUUCGUUCUCUCCGGCAACUUCACUACCCACGCCGUCAUGGCUCGUGGGGGCAGCGGCGGGAGCAUAGAGUACAAGGAGUACUUCGACGCUCUGGCCUCUACGCUUGCCGACUUCCCCACGCUCCUGACAACUGCAACAUUCAUCUUUGUCCCGGGGGACAACGAUGGGUGGGUAUCCGCCUUUUCGGGAGGCGCCGCGGUCCCGCUGCCGAGGAAACCCGUCCCAGAUCUGUUCACUUCCCGUAUCAAACGGGUAUUUGCCGCAGCCAACGCCGAAGCAGGGCUGCUGUCUACUACCGAAGGGAAGGGUGGCGAGGCCAUCUGGACGACCAACCCCAGCCGGAUCUCCCUCUUUGGACCAAACCACGAGAUCGUCCUCUUCCGGGACGACGUUUCGGCGCGCCUGCGCCGCUCUUCGGUCCGCCUAAAAAGCAAAACCGCAAUCACUGCCACUGCCGUCGGAGAUCCACAACCCUCCCAAACAGAGGACGUCACCAUGUCCGGAGCAAACCCGACCCCCUCCUCCCCGCUGGCACCGAACCUCGAGGCGAUGGACCUCGACGACAACACCCAGGCCCGGCAACCUCGGUCCCCGAGAGAAGAAGGAAAAGAGGCGGCGCUGCCUUACGACGUCCUCGCGGCCCGCAGGCUCGUCAAGACGCUCCUGGACCAGGGCUACCUCGCGCCCUUCCGACAGGCUAUCCGCCCCGUGCAUUGGGACUACGCGUCGGCCCUGUACCUGUACCCGCUGCCGACGGCGCUGGUGCUGGUGGACACGACGGCGCCGCCGUUCUGUGUCACCUAUGAGGGAUGCCAUGUCAUGAACCCCGGUAGCGUGCUCGUCAGCGGGCGGAGAGGCGUCGCGAGGUGGGUGGAGUAUACCCCUGUUGGCGGCGCAGGGAGAGGUGGUCGUUUGAGGGAGUGUACUUUCUGAGCCGGCGCAUGGGGGUUGGGGAAAGGGGUACAAGGAACAGGGAGGGCGGCGGUUCCGUGCUGAUAUCAGGUUGGAUGAUUCUGGAUGAAGGGGAUUAGAGAAUUAUUUGGAGUUGAUGUUCCUAUGUAAUGGUGUCAUGAAAUCCGGUAUCUGGUGGCGUUGAGUGGGUGAUUAGAAGGUGCUCUGAGCGGGCAUAACUCGGAGGGCUCUGAUGGUACCUGAUAGGGAAAAGCAGGUCGACUUGCGCAUGGGCGAGGUAUGACAUGGCGAUUUUCUUGACACGCGUGACAAUAGCAUGUACGGUACGGUACAUACAAUACAUACAUUUUAUUCGUAUA